AUGGCCGCCGCCGCCGCCAUCGGCAUGUGCGAGGACGACCGGGGGAUCCCCCGAUCUCUCCCCCUCCUCGCAGCGCUCGUCGAGGAGGAUGCCCGCCUCCACGCCGCCGCCGCCGCCUCCCAACCCGCCGGAAGCGAUCUGGUCCGCGCCUUCCGCGGGCGGACGGUUCCCAAGGUGCCAAUCCGGGACUUCCUCGAGCGGAUCUAUGUGCUGGUUCGGUCGGAGGCCGCCACCGGACAAGUGAUCCGCGUCGACGGUACGUGUUUCGUGCUCGCUGGCGUUUAUCUGACGCGAUUCAUCGGCAGCCACGCGGCGCGGGUGGCGGGGAUCGUGGUGGAGCCGUCCACCGCGCACCGGCUGGUGGCUGUCGCGCUUUUCCUCGGCGGACACUCCCCAAAGAACUGGGCCGCCGUGUUCGAGGCCGCCUCAGACCGCGCGAUCCGCACCGGCGAGAUCGCAGGCCUAGAGGAGCGGUUCUUGCGCGCGAUCAGCUCCCGCUUGUUCGUGGACGGCCACGAGUUCAAGUGCUUCUGCGGGGUGCUGGAGAAGGCACAGGGCUUUGAGAAGAAGAUGGUGGAAUUUCGUGGCUGGAGGCUAAAGGACACGGCACAAGGCCGUGAGGAGAAGAUGGUGGAUGCUCGUGGCUGGAGGGAAGGCAGUAGGCACAGGGCUGUGAAGAGAAGACGUUGGAUGCUCAUGACCAGAGGGAAGGCACAGGGCCGAGAGGAGAAGACGGUGGAUGCUCACAUGCUCGUGGCCAGCUGCAAGUCGCCAGGGAUGCUCGUUGCUGGGCCCGAAGUGGACGAGAUGCUCUCGCUGGACCAGAAGCCACAAAACUGCUCCAGGAGGUUUCAGUAG